AUGGGUGUGAAGGGCAAGUUGAUUGCUUCAUUAGAGGUGAAGAGUGGAGGACACUCUGUUCAGGAUAUUUUUCAUAUUAAUACUCAUCAUAUACCCAAUAUAAGCCCUAGUAAGAUCAAUUAUUUUGAGAUUCAUGAAGGUGAAAUCAUAAAGGUUGGUUCGAUCGUUAGCUGGAAAUACAACGAGGAUGGAAAAGAAAAGAUUGUUAAGGAAGUGAUUGAAGCCUUCGAUCAUGAGAAGAAAUCAAUCACUUGGAAAGUGAUUGAAGGAGAUUUGUUAGAGUUGUAUAAUUACUUCACUGUUAUCACAUCCAGUGAAGAUCAGUGGACUACAUGGACAUUAGUGUACGAGAAGAAAACUGAAGACACCCCUGAGCCCCUCGCUUUCAUGGGUGUAGUCCUUGAUUUGACCAAAGAUAUAGAUGUCCACCUUCUCAAGAAAUAA